AUGAGCUCACGAGGCGGUUUCAGGGGUGGACGGGGAGGAGGUGACCGCGGUGGACGGGGCGGUGGAUUCAGGGGAGGAGCAGGCGGCCGCGGCGGACGAGGAGGGGGACGCGGCGGAUUCGGCGGCGGUCGCGACGAUGGUCCUCCCGCAGAGGUUGUCGAGGUCGGCACCUUUAUGCACGCCGUCGAGGGCGAGAUGCUCUGCUCGUCGACCCUUCCCUCCAAGGUCCCUUACUUCAACGCGCCCAUCUACUUGCCUUCCAAGGCCGCGAUCGGAAAGGUGGACGAGAUCUUGGGUCCCAUCAACGAAGUCUACUUCACCAUCAAGCCUUCCGCCGGAAUCGUCGCCACCUCCUUCACAGCCGGCGACAAAGUCUGCAUCUCAACCGACAAGCUCCUCCCUAUCGAGCGGUUCCUGCCGCAACCUAAAGCUCCCGCUGGACCAAAGGCGAAGAAGCGCGGUGGCGCAGCGGGAGGGAGGGGAGGACGGGGUGGGUUCGGAGGAAGGGGAGGAGGAGGAGGGUUUGGAGGUGGACGAGGAAGGGGCGCGCCGAGGGGUCGGGGUGCGCCUGGUGGUGGACGCGGAUUUGGAGGAGGCGGACGCGGGGGAGGACGUGGUGCGCCCAGGGGACGCGGCAGGGGCGGGUACUAG